AUGAAUCCGUUGACAUUUGGUUUCUUUUGCAUUUGUUUAUGCUUAGUUGGAAUAAAUGCUAAAGCAAUUCAAGCCAAUGCAACUCAAACUAAAGCAACUCACCCCAAUGCAACGCAACCUAAAGCAAUUCAACCCAAUGCAACGCAACCUAAAGCAACUCAAAAUUCAAAAAUUGUGCCAACCGCGGUAUCACACACUCCUGUGAGUAAAGCUGCAACUGCUCCAACAACAACCCAAACAGAACAACCAUCAUUCUUUAGACGUAUGUGGAAUUCAUUGACUUCUGGGUUUCGAUCAUCAGACAGUACCUCAACAAACAACAACGGCAUAGAGGUUAAAAAUCCCUCAUUGAAAGAAAGAAUAGUCAAUAAAUUUAACAGUAUUUUUGGAGUUGAAGAAUACAACCCACCAAAAGACAGUACUUUCGUCGAUAGAUUAUGGCUACUCUUCAAACAUUGUUUCUUGAAUUUGAAAAAUCUGGCGAAAAUAUUCUCUUCUUAAAAGAAUGAAUAUCUUAUGUGUACGAUAAUAUUAAAAUGGAAUAAUGACAAAAAGUUUUUGUUUUAUUCAUCACAAAAAAAGAGGACUAUUUAAAAAAAUAAAUAUGAACAACAACAUAAAAUACAACGUAUGUAUCUGAUUUUUUUUCUAAAAAAAGUACAUUAAUUUACAAAAAAA